CGCCAGUCGUCCCUCCACAUCCACCACCCGCUCUCCACGCACCUGCCCCCCGACGCCCGCCGCAAAAAGGGGGUCCCAAAAAAGGGCAAGAAGAAGGCCCGGCGCGCCUCCGUCCCCGGAGAGACCCCCACGAUCGAGGAGGCUGAAGAGGAUGAGGAUGAUGUGUGCGACACGGAGACGGAGCGAUCGGCGGAGGAGCUGCGGCAGCCUGGGCCGGCCGAGGCAGUGCAGUUCUUCCUGCAGGAGGAUGAGGUGACUGACCACCGGGCAGAGGAGCCAGUGGCCCCCGCGGCACUGCCCGGUUCCCCCCCGGAGCCCCGGGGGGCCACGACCCCCAAGGAUGCCCGGGCAGGCAGCCCCGAUGCGGAGCAGGGGGCUCCAGGGGAGGGGGCGGCCGCCGAGGUCGGGUCCCCGGGUCGCCCCACGCCCAAAUCGCAGCCGGGGCACCGGAGCUACAAUCUGCACGAGCGGCGGUGCAUCGGCAGCAUGACGGCUGCCGAGCAGGACCGCUACCAGAAGAUGCCCACGGACGAGUCGGAGGCGCAGACUUUGGCCUCAGCCGACCUGGACUACAUGAAGAGUCACCGCUUCGAGGACGUGCCGGGCGUGCGCCGGCACCUGGUGAGAAAGAGCGCCAAGGCACAGGUGGUCCACGUCAGCAAGGACCACAAGGAGCCCAGCACGCGGCAGCGCAAGCAGGACAGGCAGCCCCACGAGGUGUUCGUGGAGCUGAACGAGCUGGUGGUGGACAAGAACCAGGAGCUGCAGUGGAAGGAGACGGCGCGUUGGAUCAAGUUUGAGGAGGACGUGGAGGAGGAGACCGACCGCUGGGGCAAACCCCACGUGGCCUCCCUCUCCUUCCGCAGCCUCCUGGAGCUCCGCAAGACCCUGGCCCACGGGGCUGUGCUCCUGGAUCUGGACCAGAAGACACUGCCGGGGGUGGCUCACCAGGUGGUGGAGCAGAUGGUCAUCACAGACCAGAUCCGGACCGAGGACCGCGCCAACGUGCUGCGGGCGCUGCUGCUUAAGCACAGCCACCCGAGCGACGAGAAGGAAUUCUCCUUCCCGCGGAACAUCUCGGCGGGCAGCCUGGGCUCCCUGCUCGUGCACCACCACAGCACCAACCACGUGGCCGAGGGCGCCGAGCCGACUGUCACCGAGCCCCUCAUCGCCGGCCACGCUGCCGAGCACGACACGCGUGUGGACGUGGAGCGGGAGAGGGAGGUCCUCACCCCCACGCCCCCGGCCGGCAUCACUCGCUCCAAGUCCAAGCACGAGCUGAAGCUGCUGGAGAAGAUCCCGGACAAUGCCGAGGCCACGGUGGUGCUUGUGGGCUGUGUGGAGUUCCUGGACCAGCCCACCAUGGCCUUCGUGCGGCUGCAGGAGGCCGUGGAGCUGGACGCGGUGCUGGAGGUGCCCGUGCCCGUGCGGUUCCUCUUCGUGCUGCUGGGCCCCAGCAGCACCCACAUGGACUAUCACGAGAUAGGGCGCUCCAUCUCCACGCUCAUGUCUGACAAGCAAUUCCACGAGGCCGCGUACCUGGCCGACGACCGGCACGACCUGCUGAACGCCAUCAACGAGUUCCUGGACUGCAGCGUGGUGCUGCCGCCCAGCGAGGUGCAGGGCGAGGAGCUGCUGCGCAGCGUCGCCCACUUCCAGCGCGAGAUGCUGAAGAAGAGGAUGGAGCAGGAACGGAGGCUGCUGCUGGAGCCCAAGUCCCCCGAGGAGAAAGCACUGCUGAAGCUGAAGGUGGUGGAGGAUGAGGUCGAAGAGGACGACGACCCCCUGAGGCGCACGGGGCGGCCCUUCGGGGGGCUGAUCCGGGACGUGCGGCGGAGGUACCCCCACUACCUGAGCGACUUCCGCGACGCGCUGGACCCCCAGUGCAUCGCCGCCGUCAUCUUCAUCUACUUCGCCGCGCUGUCACCGGCCAUCACCUUUGGGGGGCUGCUGGGGGAGAAGACACAGGACCUGAUCGGAGUGUCGGAGCUGAUCAUCUCCACGUCGCUGCAGGGCGUCCUUUUUUGCCUGCUGGGCGCCCAGCCCCUGCUUGUCAUCGGCUUCUCGGGGCCGCUGCUCGUCUUUGAGGAGGCCUUUUUCACGUUCUGCACGUCCAACGAGCUGGAGUACCUGGUGGGGCGUGUCUGGAUCGGCUUCUGGCUCAUCCUCAUCGUGCUGGUCAUGGUGGCCUUCGAGGGCAGCUUCCUGGUGCGCUUCGUCUCCCGCUUCACCCAGGAGAUCUUCGCCUUCCUCAUCUCCCUCAUCUUCAUCUAUGAGACCUUCUCCAAGCUGGCCAAGAUCUUCCAGGAGCACCCUCUGCACGGCUGCCUGCCCGCCAACGGCUCGGCCGAGGCCUGGGCCAACGGCAGUGUGGCCACGGCCAACGGCACCGCCCCGGCCACCGGCACUGCCGCCCGCGGCGCUGCCAAGGUCACGGGGCAGCCCAACACGGCGCUGCUCUCGCUCGUGCUCAUGGCCGGCACCUUCUUCAUCGCCUUCUUCCUGCGCAAGUUCAAGAACAGCCGCUUCUUCCCCGGACGGAUCCGGCGGCUCAUCGGGGACUUUGGGGUGCCCAUCGCCAUCCUGGUGAUGGUGCUGGUGGACUACAGCAUCCAGGACACCUACACGCAGAAGCUGAGUGUGCCCAGCGGGUUCUCGGUCACGGCCCCGGACAAGCGGGGCUGGGUGAUCAACCCCCUGGGCGAGCAUAGCGACUUCCCCGUGUGGAUGAUGGUGGCCAGUGGCCUCCCUGCCGUCCUCGUCUUCAUCCUCAUCUUCAUGGAGACCCAGAUCACCACGCUGAUCAUCAGCAAGAAGGAGCGGAUGCUGCAGAAGGGCUCCGGGUUCCACCUCGACCUCCUGCUCAUCGUGGCCAUGGGUGGCUUCUUUGCACUCUUCGGGCUGCCCUGGCUCGCCGCGGCCACCGUGCGCUCGGUGACCCACGCCAAUGCCCUCACCGUCAUGAGCAAGGCUGUGGCGCCUGGGGACAAGCCCAAGAUCCAGGAGGUGAAGGAGCAGCGGGUCACUGGGCUGCUGGUGGCCGUGCUCGUUGGUCUGUCCAUCGUCAUCGGGGACCUGCUGCGGCAGAUCCCGCUGGCCGUGCUCUUCGGCAUCUUCCUCUACAUGGGCGUCACCUCCCUCAACGGCAUCCAGUUCUACGAGCGCCUGCAGCUGCUGCUGAUGCCCCCCAAGCACCACCCCGACGUCACCUACGUCAAAAAGGUGCGCACGCUGCGCAUGCACCUCUUCACCGGGCUGCAGCUGGGCUGCCUGGCCGUGCUCUGGGCCGUCAUGUCCACCGUGGCCUCCCUGGCCUUCCCCUUCAUCCUCAUCCUCACCGUGCCGCUCCGCAUGUGCCUGCUCAGCCGCAUCUUCACCGACCGGGAGAUGAAAUGUCUGGACGCGGCUGAGGCCGAGCCCAUCCUGGACGAGCGGGAAGGUGUGGACGAGUACAACGAGAUGCCGAUGCCCGUGUGAUGGUGCCAGCGGUGAGCAGCCCGUGGUGGAGGCUGGGCACAGCCGGACCCCCGCGCCGUGGGGCCGGGGGCAGCAGCUGCGUGGCCAGACCCCCACACUCCCUGGGCCCUCGGGGGGCACCUGCCAAAGAGACGCCGGCCCCAGGCUUGCCCUGCCGAGGCCCCUCACCCCCCUCGCGGUACAGCCCCCUCGGGCACCUCCUGCCCAUGGCGUGGGGCAGAGGCCCCCGGCCCCCCAGCAGCGCUGCAGGUCCCCCCACAGCCCCUCACAGCCCCCCAGCUACCGCCCGACACGCAGGUGUCACCUGAGCCCCCCCGGGGGUUAUGGAACAGGAACUCAAUGGCAAUAAACAGCUUUAUUCCCAGUGUGGGGCUGAGGCUGGAGGGUGACCCUGUGCCCCCCCAUCGAGGGGGUCCCACUCUGGCCGGUCCCUGGGGGGCUGCCAGGGUGGGGGCCAGGGCUGCCCUGUGCUGGGCCCAGCCCGGGGGGGGCCGGGGGCCCCCCGCUGCCUUCGACUAAUAAAGAGAUCGGACUUUG